GGCCGGGGCGAAUGGCUGGCAAUCUUACUGGGAUUACAGAACAAAGAGAGAACCUCCCAGAGCCCGGGCUCGGCUUCGCGCUCGCUCCGCGCCCCGCCCUCCGCCGCAGCCCGCGCCGGGGGUGGGGGCCCCGCGCAGCCCCCGGCCGGCCGCCCGCACCGCGUCCGCCCUCCUUCCCUCCCUCCCACCACUGAUCCUGUCCCCCAUUCCCGGAUUAUUAACUCAGCAACCAGAGGCGACUGGAUCUACCGAGUCCUGGCCACCGGGCCCGGGCCGGGGCGCCCGGAGCGCUUGGGGAUCCUGCAAGGUGACCAUGGCCUUGCUGGGGAAGCACUGUGACAUCCCCACCAACGGCUGUGGGUCCGAGCGCUGGAACUCCACCUUUGCCCGGAAGGACGAGCUUAUCAACAGUCUGGUGUCCGCCUUAGACUCCAUGUGCUCUGCGCUCUCCAAGCUGAACACGGAAGUGGCCUGCGUGGCGGUACACAAUGAGAGCGUCUUCGUGAUGGGCACCGAGAAGGGAAGGGUGUUCUUGAACACUCGGAAGGAGCUACAGUCAGACUUCCUCAGGUUCUGCCGGGGACCCCUAUGGAAUGAUCCAGAAGCAGGACACCCUAAAAAGGUGCAGCGCUGCGAAGGUGGUGGCCGGAGCAUCCCGCGGUCCUCUCUGGAGCAGUGCUCGGAUGUGUACCUGCUGCAGAAGAUGGUAGAGGAAGUGUUUGAUGUUCUUUAUAGUGAGGCUAUGGGCAGGGCCACCGUGGUACCUUUGCCCUAUGAGAGGCUGCUCAGGGAGCCGGGGCUACUGGCGGUGCAGGGGCUGCCCGAGGGCCUGGCCUUCCGGAGGCCAGCAGAGUAUGACCCCAAGGCACUCAUGGCCAUUUUGGAGCACAGUCACCGAAUUCGGUUUAAGCUCAGGAGGCCUCCUGAUGACGGUGGGCAGGACACAAAGGCACUGGUGGAGAUGAACGGUAUCUCUCUGCUACCCAAGGGGUCCCGAGACUGUGGUCUGCAUGGCCAGGCCUCCAAGGUCGCUCCCCAAGACCUGACCCCCACCGCCACCCCAUCCUCCAUGGCCAACUUCCUGUACAGCACUUCGAUGCCCAACCACACCAUCCGGGAACUCAAGCAGGAGGUGCCAACCUGCCCGUUGACCCCCAGCGACCUGGCCAUGGGCUGGCCUGUGCCUGAGCCCCAUGUUCCCAGCACCCAAGAUUUCUCUGAUUGCUGUGGACAGACGCCCGCAGGACCUGCUGGACCUCUCAUCCAGAAUGUCCAUGCUUCCAAGCGCAUCCUCUUUUCCAUUGUCCAUGACAAGUCAGAGAAGUGGGAUCCCUUCAUCAAGGAGAUGGAGGACAUCAACACCCUGCGGGAGUGCGUGCAGAUUCUGUUUAACAGCAGAUACGCGGAAGCCCUGGGCCUGGACCACAUGGUCCCUGUGCCGUAUAGGAAGAUUGCCUGUGACCCUGAGGCUGUGGAAAUUGUGGGUAUUCCAGACAAGAUCCCCUUCAAGCGGCCCUGUACUUACGGAGUGCCGAAGUUGAAGAGGAUUCUGGAGGAGCGACACAGCAUUCAUUUCAUUAUCAAGAGGAUGUUUGAUGAGCGCAUUUUCACAGGGAACAAGUUUACCAAAGACCCCAUGAAGCUGGAGCCAGCUAGCCCACCAGAAGACACUUCCACAGAAGUCUGUAGGGACGGCAUGCUGGACCUGGCUGGGACUGCCUGGUCAGACAUGAGCAGCAUCUCUGAAGACUGUGGGCCAGGAACCUCAGGAGAGAUAGGAAUGUUGAGGCCCAUCAAAAUCGAGCCAGAGGAGCUGGACAUUAUUCAGGUUACUGUCUCAGAUCCUUCACCUACCUCUGAGGAGAUGACUGACUCGCUGCCUGGGCAUCUGCCCUCAGAGGAUUCUGGUUAUGGGAUGGAAAUGCCGGCUGACAAAGGCUCCAGUGAGGGACCCUGGUCAGAAGAGAGGCCGGCGGAAGAGAGCCCUGGUGACGUGAUCCGGCCCCUGCGGAAGCAGGUGGAAAUGCUGUUCAACACAAAAUAUGCCAAAGCCAUUGGUACCUCAGAGCCUGUCAAGGUGCCCUAUUCCAAGUUCCUCAUGCACCCGGAGGAGCUGUUCGUACUGGGACUGCCUGAAGGCAUCUCUCUUCGAAGACCCAACUGCUUUGGGAUCGCCAAGCUGCGGAAAAUUCUGGAAGCUAGCAACAGCAUCCAGUUUGUCAUCAAGAGACCCGAACUGCUCACUGAUGGUGUCAAAGAACCCGUUCUGGACACUCAAGAGAGGGACUCCUGGGACCGUCUUGUGGACGAGACCCCGAAGAGACAGGGCCUUCAAGAAAAUUACAACACCAGACUCUCACGGAUCGACAUCGCCAACACGCUUAGGGAACAAGUCCAAGACCUGUUCAACAAGAAGUAUGGAGAAGCUCUGGGCAUCAAAUACCCAGUGCAGGUGCCCUACAAGCGAAUCAAAAGCAAUCCAGGCUCGGUAAUCAUCGAAGGCCUGCCCCCCGGGAUCCCAUUCCGCAAACCCUGCACCUUCGGCUCCCAGAACCUGGAAAGGAUUCUCUCUGUGGCUGACAAGAUCAAGUUCACGGUCACCAGGCCAUUCCAAGGACUCAUCCCAAAGCCUGAAACCAAAAUUCUCACUACAGGACACGAAGCUGGAAAAACCACCAGACCAAGGAGACUGCAACAGGACAGCUGGCAGCCAGGUCAGAAGGGUCCCAGGGGCACAGAUGCAGGGGUCUCUCUGUCUGUGCCGCUGUUUGAACAAAUUACAAGCUACAGCUGGCAUCUUGGCUAUGGAGAGAUGAUGUCUGUAUUCCGCGGAGCAGAUGAGGAAGGCACACCUUCUAACUUCAGCCUGCCUUCUAUCUUUUUCAGGCCCUUUGCGGAAGUCAGCAAUGAGCCCAAGGUGCCAGGCCUACCGCCUCCAAUAAUGUGCCAGGUUGAGGACCACACUUCUAACACAUGGACCUCGGAGCUUCGCUUAGGACCUUUUGGGGAAGUCUGCAACAAUGCCAAGGUGCCAGCCAAAGACAACAUUCCCAAGCGCAAGAGAAAGCGGGUCUCUGAAGGCAACUCAGUCUCCUCCUCUUCCUCCUCCUCUUCAUCCUCAUCCUCUAACCCAGAGUCUGUGGCGUCCACCAACCAGAUCUCCCUCGUGCAGUGGCCAGUGUACAUGGUGGACUAUUCCGGACUAAACGUGCAGCUUCCGGGCCCCCUUGAUUAUUAGACCUCAGAGCCGAAUCAGGACCUCAACUCAAAAGACUAAAGGAAAAUGUAAUUUAUGUACAAAGUAUAUUCGGAUAUGUAUCAAUGCCUUUUAGUUUUUCCAAUGAUUUUUACACUAUAUUCCUGCCGCCAAGGCCUUUUUAAAUAAGUAAAGAAAAUGAAAAAGAACAAAA